AUGGCCGGCAUAGUAUCAAUAGACCGCCCAUUUGGAAUCUAUUUUGAUGAUUAUUUUGUAAAAACUUAUAGCUUACUUACAGGAAAAGAUCCAAAUGAUUUUGCUUUCGUUGAAGGCGUCACGCCUCUUUCAACACUUACUCAAGUAAUCAUUAGUUGUAUUACUUAUCUUGCCGUGAUAUUCGGUGGUCAACUACUUUUAGCAAAUAGUCCAGUCAUAAAACUCAAUUCAAUUUUUCAAAUUCAUAACUUAUUGUUAACCGUAAUAUCAGGAACUUUAUUAAUACUGUUCAUUGAACAACUAUUUCCAAUCUAUUGGCGUAAUGGUCUUUAUCAUUCUAUAUGUAGCAACGAUGGAUGGACUCAACGAUUAGAGUUGUUAUAUUAUUUGAAUUAUCUUGUCAAAUAUUGGGAACUUGCAGAUACUAUGUUCUUGGUACUAAGGAAAAAAAAUCUUGAAUUCUUACAUGUUUAUCAUCAUAGCAUGACAGUGGCUUUAUGUUUUUAUCAAUUACGUGGUCGAACCACUGUGUCAUGGGUUCCGAUCACCUUAAACUUGACGGUGCAUGUGUUUAUGUAUUACUAUUAUUUUCGUGCUGCUGGAGGUGCAAGGAUUUGGUGGAAGAAAUAUCUUACAACAUUACAAAUCAUUCAAUUUAUAAUUGAUCUUUUCUUUGUGUAUUUUUGUUCUUAUACCUACUUUACUUCCACAUAUUGGCCUUGGGUGCCAAACUUUGGUUCUUGUGCUGGUGACGAGGGAGCAGCCAUUUUUGGUUGUUUACUUUUGAGUAGUUAUCUAUUAUUAUUUAUUGGAUUUUAUAACAAAACUUAUAAUUCUAAAAAUGUUACUGCUUUGAAGGGUAAAGGUAAACCUCCUUCAAAAGCUCUUAAUUAG